CUCUUUACAGUUCUAGACUUUGAAAUUUUAGUACAAAAGUAUCUAAUUACUGAAUGAAGUUAAACGACUAAAUUAUCAACAGCUUUAUGAUGAUCGGAUGGAUACCCAACUUACAGGAACAAGAGAAGUUGCUCUACACCCAGGGUAUCCAACUCAAAAUAUGUCAUGGGCCACUUUUUGAACUUUAUCAAUGACGCGGGCCACAAACCAACAAAUUACGUUCAAAAUGGAUACACAAUAAUAACAUAAGAAAUCUGAAUAUAUUUGGUGGAACUACACUUAACUCUCACACCAUACAAGACAUGAAACAUAUUCAUGUAUAUUUACUUGUGCUGGAUAUUUGGCACUGUUUUGUAGCGGCGAUAAACUUAUUUAGCGCUGGUUUGAUAGUCUUGAGACAGCAUACGAAUGUUCGUCGUGUGCGGAGAGCUGAUUUGGUAACUGCUCGGAGCAAACAUCUAUAUUAAAAAAAUAUGUUUUUUUUUUCUAUGUAUUAUUUGCGAAAGUAUUCAAAUGAUGAGUAACAUUUAUCUAACAUCUUGGAGUAAAUGUUAGAGCACGAUUUGUUGUUUCCACGUUGGAUGUUCGCUAAUAAAAAGCAUAAUUAAAUCACAACUAGUCAUCUCAUUUAACGCAACGUACAAACAAUAUGGCGAUUAAGAUGAGUAAUCGCAAUUUGCUGUCAUUUAAUGUUUAUAGUUUUCAUAAUGUCAGAAUUCACAUCACGGAAGAUGGACCAUCAUUUCAUAACCUUAUGAGGAAUAUGAACCAGUGAGUCUUAUCCACAUAUUCAUUACUCAUCACACUAUAUCUCUCAGUACGACUCUAAAAAGUAAUUGAAGGAAAAAUCGAUAUGGAUUUUUAAUGACGACUUUCCUGUAACGGAACAAAGAAUUCUAUAAAAAGGGGACAAUACGCAUAUUUUGCAUCAUUUCACUUUGUAUAAACGAAAGAACUCAGAAGUUUUACACAUCUCAGAAUCAUGAAAACUGCAAUCAUUCUAGCUUUGGUAGCAAUAUUUGUUGUUAAUGUCUCAGGAGGAUGGAAAGGCUUUACACGGAACCUGAAAAAACCCGGUUCAGUAGCGGUUAAAGCAGGUUCUGUCGCGCUCAAGGCAGCGAAUAGUCCGACGGGACAAAUAGCAAUGGGAAGCGCAAUGAGCCAGCUCGGUGAUAUGCGUGCAAUUAGAGAAAUGGACGAGACCGAAAUUAGUCAAUUGUUUGACGCAAUUGAAAUGAUCAGAGAAAUGGACGACGAUAGAAUUCACACCUCGGCAACAUCCUAGUCAAUGUUUUCUAUUACCCGUUGAUAUUGCAAUAUUACAGAAGAUUACAAAUGAAAAUAGGGCAGUUUUGUUUGGCAUUUAACUCUGGUUUAGAUUGAAACACAUGGGUCAUGUGAAAUCCUCAUUUUCAGUUUUGUUUGGCAUUUCUUUCUGGACUAGAUAGCAAGAGGUGAGUCGCAGGAAAUCCUCAUUUCAUAAAAUAUUACGCUACUAAUCUCAGGAAAGGAUAAUUGAAAGUGUUAAAGCAGCUUCUUCAAUUCAAGAUUUAUUCAUUUCAGACAUGUUGUUAUAUUUGUUAACAUAGAGGGAAUUUCUUUCAAUUGUACUCAAUAAACAGUCAAUUUAUUUCAAAAUAAAGAAAAUCGUGUUUCCGCGCAGAAUUUCAAUUUUAAAAAGACCCACGUUAAAAUUUAAACCAAAAUUUACAAUGAUUUUUAUUCACUAUAAAACUUCUCGGUAUGAGGGUGAGAUAAAUAAAUACUUUUCCUAUAUUUUAUGAGAGCGGGUAGCGAUACGUCCACGCAAUUUAGCUAGCCCAUGCAUCUUAACACCAUUGUUUAUUCUUUGGAUAUGCGCGCACAAACAAAUAAUAACGAUGAAUUGUUUCACGGAAUGAAACGUCUCCAUGGCCAUAUCCUAGGUACCUAUAGUAUGAUCGAAAUUUUACAUGCCGCAAGUGGGCGAUAACAAAUUGAUUUCUAAAAAAUCAAGCAACACGAUCGUUUGGCCAUCUCUAGUAGUGGUUGUUCAUCUGUAACUAGCAAAGCGCCAAGAAGAAGAAGUUGUUACAGAUUGGAAGGUAUAAU